CACAUUGGCUGACGAUAGGUUGCUAGAAUUGACGGAGAAUCAGAAGGGAAUUCAUCCCGCUCGUCCUCCUCACGAGUCAUGGCAUCAAUAUUUGACCAAAUACAGCCACUUUAGCUUAGGUUUGCUCCUUUACCUGUCCCAUUUUUAUUACGCUUGUUGCGUCUCUGCACUUUCACCGAUAAACCUUGCCGGCUAUCAGCCAUCUCUCACUUUAUUAAGCAUUCCAUUUAAACUUCCCUGUUCUUCUUCUGUUUCUGUAACCUUCACCUCCACGAUUCCUUUUGAAACCCUCUCUGUUAUUAUUCUGUCAUUUCUCUUUCAGUCUCUUUCUCUCCACUUCCAUAUAUUUGUUUUUUUUUUUUCCAGUUCCCCGUCCUACAAACAUGACUUUCCUUUCUCACAGGAAAAUUUUUCCCAUUAAAAUCCCCCUUUGCCAACCCCUUUUAUGGUCAACUUGAUUUUCCCCCCUUCUUGUUUAACGAUUUUUUUCUGUGUGUACAAUCAUGAAAAUUCUUUGUAACCCAUUCUUUCUCUUGUUCGUAAUUGUUGGUUUAUUGUUUCUGCUUCGGGUUCUUUUAAUCAGGACCGGAUUAAUUUAUAGGACCAAGAAAUGGUGGAGAUCAAUCGAAGAUUGUUUUCAUGUGCAUCAAUUCUUUAAGGUCCCAGAAUUCAACGAAAGCAUGCAGGAGAAUCAACUUUAUUGCAAAGUCUCCGUUUAUCUAAACUCUCUGGCUUCCAUCGAGGACUCAGAUUUUACCAACCUCUUCACCGGAAAAAAAUCCAACGAAAUCAUCCUCCGCCUCGAUUCUGGCCAGGUAAUCGAUGAUGAUUUUCUCGGAGCUAGAGUCUCUUGGAUAAACGAAGUGAAAACCGAUGCAACCUGUUCUAGAGCUUUGCUUUUGAAGAUCAGAAAAGCAGAUAAGCGAAGAAUUCUCCGGCCUUAUCUCCAGCACAUCCACACAGUUUUCGAUGAGCUUGAGCAAAAGAAGAAGAGACAAUUGAAGCUUUAUAUGAACAUCGACAGUGAUCGAAAUCAGAGCCGACGGUGGAGAUUUGUACCCUUCACUCAUCCUUCAACGUUUGAAACAAUUGCAAUGGAAUCUGAUCUCAAAAAUAAGUUAAAAUCAGAUCUAGAGACUUUCCUCAAGGCCAAACAAUACUAUAACCGGCUGGGUCGUGUUUGGAAGCGGAGCUAUCUCUUGUACGGGCCAUCAGGUACUGGAAAAUCCAGCUUUGUUGCUGCCAUGGCCAAUUUUCUUGGCUACGAUGUGUAUGACAUCGAUCUUUCCAGAGUUUUAGACGAUUCUGAUCUGAAAUCACUCCUCUUACAAACCACACCCAAGUCGGUGAUUGUGGUCGAAAACCUAGAUCGAUUUCUGAUGGAAAAGUCAACGACUGUAAGUUUUUCAGGUGUUUUAAACUUCAUGGAUGGGAUUUUAAAUUCUUGCUCUGCAGCGGAGAGGAUUAUGGUUUUCACCAUGAACAGUAAAGAUCACAUCGACUCGGCUAUUCUUAGACCGGGUCGAAUUGAUGUCCACAUCCAUUUCCCUUUAUGCGAUUUCUCUGUAUUCAAGACAUUGUCGAAUAGCUAUUUGGGGGUGAAGGAUCACAAGUUGUUUCCUCAAGUAGAAGAAAUUUUCCAAACCGGAGCGAGUCUGAGUCCGGCCGAGAUAGGUGAGCUCAUGAUUGCACACCGGAAUUCGCCGAGUCGAGCAUUGAAAUCUGUUAUAACGGCCUUGCAAACGGAAGGUGACCGUAGAGGGUCUGUGAAUGUCGGGCGGCGUUUGCUGGAUGCCGGGUCAAGAAAUUCGACGGAAGAUUCAAGCGAUCACUUGGGGAUAUUUUGUAAAGAAAAUUUCAAUGCCGUGAAAGAUAUCAGGAAAUUAUAUGGAUUACUGAGGUUGAGAAGUAACAGAAAAGCACAAUCGUUUGACUCGACUCCGGGCCAAAACGACGGGUGAUGAUACAGGUCGUGUCGUUUCGGAUAAAUUUACAUUUGGUAAGCAUGUGGGGGCCGCACGAAGGUGAGGGUGGGGGGGGAGGGAAUGAUCAGAAAAAUACAAGGGGGUAAAAAAAAAAAAGGCCAAAUGCUAAUGGAAAAUAGGGUAGUUUAGAUUACUCAGAUAUUGAUGGGUUUGAUGCUUUGUUCCAGCCCCUUUUACAAGAAUAUGAUUCUGUCAUCUUUUUCAUGUUUUUUGUUCUCCCCUUACUAGUUUGACUUGAUUAUUGAGUUAAAUGGUAGCAUAAUAUUACAUUUUGAA